AAUUAUCCAAUCAUUAUCAGUGUUAGGACUCCCCAACUAUAAACUGCAUCGCCCAUUUUAAUCGGAAUCAGUAUAAAAGAUGAAGCUCCAAAUUCUCCUCUUGGGAAUCACUAGCGUGUAUUGCCUCGAUUCGUCGUUUCGAGAUGCGAACCGACAAUUUACCACCAAACUGUACAAGGAGUUGGUCGAACAGAAACAGGAAAAACUCCUCGUGAGUCCUAUGGCAAUUCAAAUAAUUUUUUCUCUCCUUCGUGCUGGUAGUGGAGGCUUGACUUCGGAGGAGCUUUCCGAUGCGCUGUCACUUCCACGUGACGAUAAAGCGCAAGAUGAUAUGGUUAAAGGCGUACUCGAAGCUUACAAAACCGUCCAAGGUGACCAUUAUCAGUUGACGUUGGCAAACAAGAUUUACGUUCAGGAAGAUGUCGAACUGAAAGCUUCGUACAAAUCUAAGGCUGUUGAUGUGUUCGGUGCUGAUGUUGAAAAUGUCGACUUUAAGAAGAAAGAAAAUGCGAUGGCUGUUAUUAAUAAGUGGGUGGAUUGUAAGACGAAGCACACAAUUCCGGAGAUCGUCACCAAAGAUGAUCUAAAUGACGCGUUGCGCCUCAUUUUACUUAACACCGUAUACUUCCAAGCGCCUUGGAGGCAACGGUUUCACGAGCCGUCACAAAAACCAUUCUUCGUCGACAGCUCUAACACUGUGAACGUCGACAUGAUGUCAGACAGAGAUCUCUACGAAUAUCACGAGAGUGACGAAUUGAAGGCGAAGUUCCUGAAGAUACCUUAUCGGGUGAACGGAAUGAGCAUGGUCAUGGCACUACCCAAUGAAAAAGAUGGAUUGGGCGAGUUGGAGAAGCGCCUUGGUGACAUUCUGGCACUUCCCAAGUUUAGUUAUAAUGUUGUAAUUGUUUCAUUUCCAAAGUUUCAAUUCGACGCAACGAUUAAACUGAAACCAAUCUUGAACGCGAUGGGAAUUAAGGAUGCCUUUACAUCAAGCGCCAAUUUCAGCGGAAUUUCUGAAAGUGCAAGUUUGUCCGUAAGCGAUGCAAUUCAAAAGAAUCACAUUGAAGUGAACGAGAAGGGAACGAUUGCGUCAUCAGCGACUGCAGUGUUGCUGUUUGAGUAUUCCGGUCUUGUCGAAGUAGAGCCACCGAAGGAGUUUAAAGCCGAUCACCCCUUUAUAUUCUUCAUUGAAUCGGAGGCGGGAAUACUCUUCAUCGGCAAGUUUACUGGACAUUAACCGAAAAGACGCCGAAUUUGUUGAAUAGAUUGCAAACUAAGUUUUCUGGGCUUUAAUAAAUCAAAAAUAGUACGCUU